GGGAUCAGUACGAGAAUGCCAGGCGGAACAGACGGUGACUGCUGGUACCUGUUUCACUGAGCAAAAACACGGAGAAUUGUAAGCAGUGAGCACAGAGUUCAGGUCCUGAUGUCUUCAGGAGGAGUUGGUUCUAGCACCUGGUUCGACAGGGUGCGGGAGAUCCCACACUAUGACCAGGUACCUUUGGGUUCUUUACGGCGUGAACCAGAUUUCCCUGUGCCCCCGGCGCCCUUGUAUGGAACAGUGCCAGCCAUCAGUUUGGACCCCCUUCCCCCGCCCCCAUUACCUGAACAGCCACCCGUUGGGCUGUUGAUGGCUGAUGAUGGGCCAAUGGAGGGUGACUGUGAAGCCAUGGAUAUUAAGCCGGUCCACCGCUUCAUUCCUGACUCUGUCAAGAAUUUCUUCCGUCGCAAUAGCAGUAAUCGUGCCAGCAAUAGCCACACUACAACGGGAGUUCCCUGCUCACCCCCACACUCUGCUCCUCCAUCUCCGUCCCUUCUCGGCUCCUAUCGAGAUCCCUAUGGCGGCUCUGGGGGUAGUUACACCUCUCAGAAGGAGCGUGACGCGCUUCUCCUGGGUGCUGAAGCCCUCGACUCUGCAUCCGCAGUCCCCACCAAUCUCUCAUCCCUGACUUAUGCGGAACAGGUGCAGGAGUACCACCAGCGCUACAGCUACAUGAAGUCCUGGGCUGGCCUGCUGAGGAUCCUGGGCUGUGCGGAGCUACUUCUUGGAGCUGCUGUGUUUGCUUGUGUCUGUGCUUAUGUUCAUAAGGACAACGAGUGGUUCAAUAUGUUUGGAUACUCCCAGCCACAACUGUUUGGGGGGCUUGGUGGAGGUGCCUCUGCAUAUGGAUAUGGUUACUACACGGGCCCCAAGACUCCUUUUGUUCUGGUGGUGGCUGGCCUUGCAUGGAUAGUGACCGUUAUUUUGGUCAUCCUUGGAAUGACCAUGUACUACAGAGAAAUACUUCUAAACUCUAAUUGGUGGCCACUCACAGAAUGUUCCAUCAACGUGGCCUUGGCAGCGCUUUACUUAGCAGCAGGGGUAGUGUAUGUGAGGGACACCGUUCGAGGGGGACUGUGCUACCUACCUGUCUUCAAUAAUGGAGUAAAUGGGGCAUUCUGUCGCACUGAGGCUGGCCAGACAGCAGCCAUUGUUUUCCUUUUCAUCAACAUGGUACUCUACUUGAUCGGUGCAGGAGUGUGUCUGAAGCUGUGGAGGCAUGAAGCAGCCAGGAUGAGGAGGGAGGCGCUGGAACAGGAGGUGAAAACUAAUGGAUCAACAAUCCCACUGUCUAUGCUUGGUCCAGGCUCUAGGGCCUCAGAGCAGACUCCUCUUCCCACCAUCCAGCCGGACCUCAUGGAUGCCCCAAACAACUCUGUAGCUGCUCCACUGAAGAUGCUGGAGCCAGAGAUCCUCCGAGGUCACAUACCAGCAGGACACAUCCCCAAACCUGUUGUUAUAGCUGACUAUGUGGCGAAGUACCCCAGCAUUCGUUCAGAGGAGGAGAGGGACAGGUACAAGGCUGUGUUCAAUGACCAGUACGCUGAAUACAAGGAGCUGCACGCUGAGGUUCAAGCAAUGGCCAAGAAAUUUCAAGAGAUGGAUGAGAUGAUACAGAACCUCCCCUCUCGCCCUUCCAGCCAAAUGGAGCAGGAGCGGAUCGAUAGCAUUUUAAUGGAAUAUCAGAGGAAGAAAAUGGACCCAACAUAUUUGGAAAAAAGAGAGAGAUGUGAGUACCUCAAGAACAAGCUGUCUCAUAUCAAGCAGAAGAUUCAGGAGUAUGACAAGGAUAGCAACUAAACACUGCACCUGAACACCAGCACACCUGGAAUCCCAUAUGCAGUUUGCAUCUACGUACAGUACACGGUCAUACUCGCUUGCAGAGAGAACAUAGUACUGGGACUGAGGGGAGAAGGGAACAGGAGUAUGUCCCCCCCGUCACUGUUGGUGUACAUAUCAUUGUUGGUUUUAGACACACUGUUAUCACAUCAGAACAAGUGCCCGUGCCAUCAUGGCAGUUGUUUUCAUGACAGACCUAUAUAAAUAAUUCUGAUAGGCAGAAACAUCAUCCAUAAGUGGGAUCUGAAAAGAUGGACAGAAUGCAGAAAGCUGUAAUGGACCAGGUGUAACCUAAAUAAGUGAUUAUAUGUAUGUACAGUGACCAUACCCUGAUGCAUAUGACAUUUUGAAGGAUCAUUUGGGAAAAUAAGCUUUUUUUCCAUUUCACCCAGAGAUGAGAAAAUUAUGAAUUUAAUCCAUGCAUGUCUAGUCUGGUAUUUAGACUAGUUUAGCAACAAAGACUUGAAACUGCUAGACUAACGUCAUCACAAGCAACCCAUGCCCAUUUGUGUAUGUUGCUAUGGAUACUUGUAUAAAACUCAUUAGAUACUUGUUUUUUUCCCUAUGAAGUAAAUUAUAAUUAUACAAGAUUUGAAAUGAUCUUUUCAUCUGAGUAUGGGCAAGAUGACAAUCAGUUUUAAAGGAAACAUCACACAUUAAGUGUAAAUGGGGUCUUAAGACUGGCUAGCUAGACACUGAAGACAAUUCAGUGAAGAUUAUGUAAAUAAUGCUGACUCAGAGUUUGCUAGAUAGGAUAUACUUAUGUACUAUACAGUAUGUGCAGAUGUGUCAUACUGUGAAGGUUUAGGUACUUGCCAUAAUGCUUUCUGUAUGCUGUUGUUGGUUUUUAUACUGAAUUUCUUCUCCCCAUUAGUAUUUUCUUGAACUGUGAAGCAUAAUGUGAAGAUUUACUAAAUGCUCUACAUAGUAGACUGGGUGAACUGUCUCUCAAGCUGUCACUGAAAUCACAAUGUAAUAUAACAGAUGACUUUUUAAAUUAACUAUAAUCACUUUUUUGUAAACUCCUUUUUUACAGUACAUUAAUAUGUUUGAUUGGUUAUGUGUUCAUGUAUAUUAUUGUUUUGUAUCAUAGCCACAGUGUCCUAAUCCUCCAUGCCAAUUAUGCACCUUUUUAUACGCUUGUAUUUUGUUUUUUUUUAUUUCAGCCAAUGCACUAUUUGUAUGACUUCUGUUAUAUCUGCAAUUCACUGUUUCAGUCCAGCAGCUGCCUAAGCACAGUUUGUAGGGCAGUGGUAAUGCAUAAGAACAGCUCAGGAAAUUAAGGCUAGUAUAAAAACAGUAAACUCAAAACAAUAUUACAUGUUCCCAGUUUAUAUUUUUAUUUGUUGUAAGUCAUGUUGAGUUGAUGAGUUCCUGAUUUAUACUAAGUAGGUUAUAUACAGUGGUGAGAAAAAUACUAAGCCAUUUGGAAUUAGCUGCAUUUAUUUGUAAAUUUCUGUUUGUUUUUUUAAAGGGGGGUAUUCCAGAAAGCUGGUUUAGUGUUAACUGAGUACAGGGUUGGACUCCCUUUUGUCUUCAUAGCAUAGAUCCAACAAGGUGCUGGAAAAAUUGGCAUUUAAAUGAUGGUCAGCUGGUGCCAAGGAGCCCAAAGUGUACCAAGAAAAUAUCCCCCACACCAUUACACCACCGCCGCCGCCAUCCUGAACCGUUAAUACAAGGCAGGAUGGAUCCAUGGUUUUAUGUUGUUUAUGCUAAAUUCUGACCCUACCAUCCAAAUGCUGCAAUAGAAACUUAUCAGACCGAGCAACCUUUUUCCAAAUUUCUGUUGUCCAACUUUGGUGAGCCCUUGCAAAUUGUAGCCUCGGUUUCCUGUUCUUAACUAACAGGAGUGGCACUCAGUGUGAUCUGCUGCUGCUGUAGCCCAUCUGCUUCAUGGUUCAUCAUUUUGUGCAUUCAGAGAUGCUCUUCUGCAAGCCUCAGAUUUAACAAAUGUUUAUUUGAACUAGUCUGUCAUAUUUUCCUUAAUGAGCAGUUGAACAGCAGGUGUACCUAAUAAAGUGGCCGAUCAGUAUACAUC